GGGCGCAUAGCUCUACAGUCCACAGCGCAGAAAGUGACAGGCUUAGUUAGGUGGAGACUUCCCUUCGCUUGGGAAGAUAACGCCCUAGUUUGUGGGACUCGGUGGAACAGAACUUCGCAUUUCACCCGCGCUGUUCUGCGGGACUUGUUUCGGCUCCGGCGAGGGGGGGCGAGGAUUUGAGUGUUUGGUUUGAAGUGUUUUUGGGCACCAUGGGGGAUGUCGUAUCAGCUCACCUGGAUGAAAGUAAGAGACAGCACAUUGCAGAGAAGACUGGGAAGGUGUUGGGCGAGUUCGGCAGGUUCUACGAGCAGCAGUUCGCUGUGGCGCUCUUCAACAGCGUGCGCUACGAGAUCGAGGGCAAUGGCGGACCGCAGACACAGCUCCUACACCGCAAGGCAAGGACUCCUCCUCUCCCAAUGAACUCGGCGCCCCUGGAGGGCAAGUCGAUAUUCUCAGGGAACCUGUUCCAGUACCUGGAGGAAAACAAAAAGUGGAGGAACCGGUUCUUCUUCAUCCCAGACUCCUACGGGGUCCUGUUCUACGAGACCCGGCUGGCCUACGACAGAGGGCUGCACCCCAAGGGAGCUAUUAACUGCGCUGGGUACAAAGUGAUGACAUCACUGGAGCAGUACCAAGAACUGAUCAACAACAGCCUGCCCAGUCUCAAGGUGAAAGCUGGAUCCCAGUACCUGAGGUGUGCCACUCAGUACCCCAUCAUCCUGUGGCACCCGUACGGCCGGCACUUGUACUUCUGCGUCCUGACAGAGAAAGAGCAGAAGAAAUGGCACGCCGUGUUCCAGGACUGCGUGCGGCAUGCCAACAACGGGUUACCGGAGGACUCCAGAGUGGAGACACCAGCCUUCACCGACGCCAUCCGGAUGUACCGGCAAGCCAAGGAGCAGUACGGCACCUGGGACAUGAUGUGCGGCAGCCCAGUGCAGAUUCUGUCGAACCUGGUGAUGGAGGAGCUGCACCCUGAGCUGAGGAAUAUGAUCAGCCCCAGACUGAAGGGCAAAGCUCAGGAGAGACAGAGGCACUGGAUACUGGUCUCAGACGCUGUGUACCAGAUAGUACAGACGCAGUGCCAGGCUCAGUAUGAGGCCGUGGUGCAGCGCUGUGAAGCAGGGCGCCCCCCGCUGGAGAGUUCAAUACGCACAGACAUGGACCAGAUCAUCACCUCCAAGGAGCACGUCACCAACAAGAUCAGAGGUGGGGAGCGGAGCAGCCGUUAGCCAGAGAGCUUGCCUGUUUGAAUUGUUAAAGCUGCUCACUCAUAGGGCAUCCUUAAAAAUGUCAAUUUAUUUAACCAGGA